AUGAGGAACCAGAGAAGAAGACACUAUAGAGGAGUGAGGCAAAGACCAUGGGGCAAAUGGGCCGCUGAAAUUCGUGAUCCCAAGAAGCCGGCAAGGGUCUGGCUAGGCACAUUCAAAACUGCCGAAGCUGCAGCUCUUGCUUAUGAUGAAGCAGCUCUAAGAUUCGAGGGAAACAAAGCAAAGCUCAAUUUUCCUGUAAGAGUUCAAGGGAAAAGUGAGUAUGGUUAUCUUACAACUCGCCAAGACGCCCGAGUUGUAGCCGAUCAGCAAGUUUCUCAUUCUCAUUCUAAUCGAUCAUUUCCUCCUCCUCACGAGUAUCGUCAUAUUCUUCAGUAUGCUGAGCUGCUUAGGAGUGGAGAUCAAAAUAACUUGCAUGAUGAGGUGAUCUCAAGCAGUACUAGUAGCUUUCCUGGAGGGCCACUUGCUUCACAGUCUUCGUCAGGUUCAUCAUCAAUAUUGGUUGAAAAAAUAUUGGUUGAAACUUGGAGGAGGAAUACAAGAUUACCUGAACAAAGCAAGCGUCGAAGUGAAAUCAGCAACGGAGUACGAAAACCUGCAAAUGAACGAGAAAAAUGGAAGUUAGGAAUAAGGGUUGGUGGCGGAGAAAUCAGAAAUGUAUUGUGUGAAAAGAUAUUGGGAUAUUACUGGGUUGAGGGAGAGAGUAUAGAGAUCUUGAAUUGCUUGGACUUAGAGCUUCAGAGCCCCCCACUGAUGCUUUUAUAG